GAGGGACUGUGUUCUACAAGCCAGGCUUUAAUUCGCGAAAGCCCCAAUUUGAAGGAGUACGCAGAACACAGCUCAGAUGAUGGAACUAUUCCUGCUUGUGUGUUUGUAAGUAUGUUGUCAGUUCAGACUUCAUAUAGCUGUGUUCAACUCUGUCAUUCUAAUGACAAUAUCUAGUUACAGUGAGUUAUUUAGUGGAUUACUUAGCUAGGUAGCUAAUUCAUGUGUACUCCCAUUGCAGUCCCUCUUUGGAAAAAACCUGACAACCAUUUUGAAUGAGUAUGUUGCUGUCAAAGCUAAAGGUAAGUGUAACCUCUGACCUCAACCACUUUCAUUAAAUGAGUACAGGACUUUCACGUGUUUGUAUUGUAUUCUUGGUUGUCACACUUCCCUGCUAUUUCUGCUUAGAGACCAGUGAAGAGACUCAGAUACCCAUCAUGAUGACAUCAUUGUGGAAAAAGCUUGAUUUCACACUCAAUCAAAUAAAGUAAGGACCUAUUUUUACCUUUAAAAACGGCAAAGAAAAACUCACCAACAGAUUGCUGUGCACUUUCUGACAUCUUCAAUUCAACUUAUUUAUUUCCUUAGGUCUAUGCAGAACUCCCCAUCUGUUAGCCAGAAUCAAAGACGUAAGUGCUUUAUAUAAUAUUCUUACAAGUUAAAUGGUUAUGCUCUUAGUACUACUUCUGAACUUUGAUUUCAUUGCCUCUUUGUAAUGUUGUGUGGCUCAAGCAGUCAGUCAGAGCGCUGAACUCCAUGGCUGUAUGACAGGGGUCCCCAACUACAUUCAGCCAUGGGCCGAUUUUUCCUUGAGCGGGGGGCCGACCUGGAACAUAGUAAUAAAUAAUUCGGAGUGGUUGUGGUUCCAGAUUUUCUGGAAUCAGACUGGAGACAGAUUUCUGCGCAUGCAGGAUCCACUAGCCUACCUCCUUUCAGUUGCUGAUCAGUCACUUGUGAUGCUGCCACUUGUUCACAAAACAGCAGUCAAUAGCCAUUUAAUGUUCUUUUUUCAUGGUCAUUGCAAACAUUGGCUAAACAGGAGGCAGACAGCUGGCUGUAUGGCAGCAUAACUAUAAAGAUUACAUCACACAACACGCUAAUUGUUUUGUACACUGCAAAUUGGCCGCAAGAAUCCCAAACGGAGUAUUUGAGGAAAAACAGAAUAAUUUUAAAUCUUCAUUACAUUGGCAUACGAUCCAAUAUUCCUCCCUAUUUAUGCAUGGGAAUUCUAACUUCCUGGUGAUUUUACAAUCUUAUGUCCAAGCAAUUAUAUAUUUUUUGCUCAGAAUAACGUGGGGGGCCAAAUAAAUUCACCCACGGGCCGCCUAUUGGGGAACCCUGCUGUAUGACGUGAUUCAUAAACCUACAGUGAGGGAAAAAAGUAUUUGAUCCCCUGCUGAUUUUGUACGUUUGCCCACUGACAAAUACAUGAUCAGUCUAUAAUUUUAAUGGUAGGUUUAUUUGAACAGUGAGAGACAGAAUAACAAACACAAAAAUCCAGAAAACGCAUGUCAAAAUGUUAUAAAUUGAUUUGCAUUUUAAUGAGGGAAAUAAGUAUUUGACCCCUCUGCAAAACAUGACUUAGUACUUGGUGGCAAAACCCUUGUUGGCAAUCAGAGGUCAGACAUUUCUUGUAGUUGGCCACCAGGUUUGCACACAUCUCAGGAGGGAUUUUGUCCCACUCCUCUUUGCAGAUCUUCUCCAUGUCAUUAAGGUUUCGAGGCUGACGUUUGGCAACUGGAACCUUCAGCUCCCUCCACAGAUUUUCUAUGGGAUUAAGGUCUGGAGACUGGCUAGGCCACUCCAGGACCUUAAUGUGCUGCUUCUUGAGCCACUCCUUUGUUGCCUUGGCCGUGUGAUUUGGGUCAUUGUCAUGCUGGAAUACCCAUCCACGACCCAUUUUCAAUGCCCUGGCUGAGGGAAGGAGGUUCUCACCCAAGAUUUGACGGUACAUGGCCCCGUCCAUCGUCCCUUUGAUGCAGUGAAGUUGUCCUGUCACCUUAGCAGAAAAACACCUCCAAAGCAUAAUGUUUCCACCUCCAUGUUUGACGGUGGGGAUGGUGUUCUUGGGGUCAUAGGCAGCAUUCCUCCUCCUCCAAACACGGCGAGUUGAGUUGAUGCCAAAGACCUCGAUUUUGGUCUCAUCUGACCACAACACUUUCACCCAGUUCUCCUCUGAAUCCUUCAGAUGUUCAUUGGCAAACUUCAGACGGGCCUGUAUAUGUGCUUUCUUGAGCAGGGGGACCUUGCGGGCGCUGCAGGAUUUCAGUCCUUCACGGCGUAGUGUGUUACCAAUUGUUUUGUUGGUGACUAUGGUCCCAGCUGCCUUGAGAUCAUUGACAAGAUCCUCCCGUGUAGUUCUGGGCUGAUUCCUCACCGUUCUCAUGAUCAUUGCAACUCCACGAGGUGAGAUCUUGCAUAGAGCCCCAGGCCGAGGGAGAUUGACAGUUCUUUUGCGUUUCUUCCAUUUGCGAAUAAUCGCACCAACUGUUGUCACCUUCUCACCAAGCCUUUUGGCGAUGGUCUUGUAGCCCAUUCCAGCCUUGUGUAGGUCUACAAUCUUUUCCCUGACAUCCUUGGAGAGCUCUUUGGUCUUGGCCAUGGUGGAGAGUUUGGAAUCUGAUUGAUUGAUUGCUUCUGUGGACAGGUGUCUUUUAUACAGGUAACAAGCUGAGAUUAGGAGCACUCCCUUUAAGAGUGUGCUCCUAAUCUCAGCUCGUUACCUGUAUAAAAGACACCUGGGAGACAGAAAUCUUUCUGAUUGAGAGGGGGUCAAAUACUUAUUUCCCUCAUUAAAAUGCAAAUUAAUUUAUAACAUUUUUGACAUGCGUUUUUCUGGAUUUUUUUGUUGUUAUUCUGUCUCUCACUAUUCAAAUAAAUCUACCAUUAAAAUUAUAGACUGAUCAUUUCUUUUGUCAGUGGGCAAACGUCCAAAAUCAACAGGGGAUCAAAUACUUUUUUCCCUCACUGUAUUUCCUCUGCAGUCCGCACACGUAAUGGGAUCGUGAAUAUGAGGGGGCGACAGAGAGCCUUGUCAUCAACGCAGUCCCCCAGCUCUGGGUUUCUGUCAUCGUCAGCCCCUCCGUCGGCCCAGGGCAUUGCCAGCCCCCUCGACACCCCUCAGAGCAUCCUGGGACACUCCACCCCAGUCUGCUACAGCUCCCAGCAGACCAGACCCUCCCCCAUCUGCAGCACACAGCCCCAGAUCCAAGAUGGAGGACGUCUGCUCGUCAAUGUGAACCGUAAGUAAACACAAAUGCAUCCAUGAGCAGCAGUGUACUGGGGAAGGUUGUUACAGUAGGUGUAUGGUGUAUGUAUAUCACAUCUCAUUUUAACUGUCAAUUGCUGUAAUAAUUAUUAUGGACAUUAAUACCAAUUUAUAGGAAAGGUUGUCAAUAAAGCUUAAUUGAAUAAUCAACACUUGUUUUUUUAUUACAGGAGAGUCACCUUUGCAAAUAAUGGUUCCAGACAACCGGUUAACUCCAGGACCAUUAUCCCCAGGGCGUCGGAAAUGGUAAGAUAGUCAUUGUCAUCCAUUUGUUUACUCCUUUGUAAGUUGUUCUUACCCGUGUGUUGAUUGUAGGGAUGUAACGAUUCAACUAUACGCAUAGAUCCCCUACUAAAAUGUUUAAAGAUACAAGUGCAUCGGUCCGCGGACCCCAAACUGAUCCAAAUGUAGCAUGCAUCGGUCAGAAAAUCGAUUAAAAGUUUACGAAUUGGCGGUUCACAAUUUUUUUGUUGUUGCUCAUAUUACAUUCUUUCUACCUUCCGGAAAUACCUCACAUCUUUGGUGACAACUGAUGCGUCCUCUCCUUGUAGAUCAAUGACUGUCAACACAGUUACAGUGCCUUCAGAAAGUAAUCAUACCCCUUGACUUAUUCCACCUUUUGUUGUUACAGCCUGAAUUAAAAAAUAGUUUUUUGUCUCACCCAUGUACACACAGUGCCCCAUAAUGACAAAGUGAAAACAUGUUUUUAAGAAUGUUUGCACAUUUACUGAAAAUGGAAUACAGAAAUAGCUAAUUUACAAUGGAAUACAGAAAUAGCUAAUUUACAUACAGUGGGGAGAACAAGUAUUUGAUACACUGCCGAUUUUGCAGGUUUUCCUACUUACAAAGCAUGUAGAGGUCUGUAAUUUUUAUCAUAGGUACACUUAAACUGUGAGAGACGGAAUCUAAAACAAAAAUCCAGAAAAUCACAUUGUGUGAUUUUUAAGUAAUUUAUUUGCAUUUUAUUGCAUGACAUAAGUAUUUGAUACAUCAGAAAAGCAGAACUUAAUAUUUAGUACAGAAACCUUUGUUUGCAAUUACAGAGAUCAUACGUUUCCUGUAGGUCUUGACCAGGUUUACACACACUGCAGCAGGGAUUUUGGGCCACUCCUCCAUACAGACCUCCAGAUCCUUCAGGUUUCGGGGCUGUCGCUGGACAAUACGGACUUUCAGCUCCCUCCAAAGAUUUUCUAUUGGGUUAAGGUCUGGAGACUGGCUAGGCCACUCCAGGACCUUGAGAUGCUACUUACGGAGCCACUCCUUAGUUGCCCUGGCUGAGUGUUUCGGGUCGUUGUCAUGCUGGAAGACCCAGCCACGACCCAUCUUCAAUGCUCUUACUGAGGGAAGGAGGUUGUUGGCCAAGAUCUCAUGAUACAUGGCCCCAUCCAUCCUCCCCUCAAUACGGUGCAUUCAUCCUGUCCCCUUUGCAGAAAAGCAUCCCCAAAGAAUGAUGUUUCCACCUCCAUGCUUCACAGUUGGGAUGGUGUUCUUGGGGUUGUACUCAUCCUUCUUCUUCCUCCAAACACGGCGAGUGGAGUUUAGACCAAAAAGCUAUAUUUUUGUCUCAUCAGACCACAUGACCUUCUCCCAUUCCUCCUCUGGAUCCUCCAGAUGGUCAUUGGCAAACUUCAGACGGGCCUGGACAUGCGCUGGCUUGAGCAGGGGGACCUUGCGUGCGCUGCAGGAUUUUAAUCCAUGACGGCGUAGUGUGUUACUAAUGGUUUUCUUUGAGACUGUGGUCCCAGCUCUCUUCAGGUCAUUGACCAGGUCCUGCCGUGUAGUUCUGGGCUGAUCCCUCACCUUCCUCAUGAUCAUUGAUGCCCCACGAGGUGAGAUCUUGCAUGGAGCCCCAGACCGAGGGUGAUUGACCGUCAUCUUGAACUUCUUCCAUUUUCUAAUAAUUGCGGCAACAGUUGUUGCCUUCUCACCAAGCUGCUUGCCUAUUGUCCUGUAGCCCAUCCCAGCCUUGUGCAGGUCUACAAUUUUAUCCCUGAUGUCCUUACACAGCUCUCUGGUCUUGGCCAUUGUGGAGAGGUUGGACUCUGUUUGAUUGAGUGUGUGGACAGGUGUCUUUUAUACAGGUAACGAGUUCAAACAGGUGCAGUUAAUACAGGUAAUGAGUGGAGAACAGGAGGGCUUCUUAAAUAAAUACUAACAGGUCUGUGAGAGCCGGAAUUCUUACUGGUUGGUAGGUGAUCAAAUACUUAUGUCAUGCAAUAAAAUACAAUUUAAUUACUUAAAAAUCAUACAAUGUGAUUUUCUGGAUUUUUGUUUUAGAUUCUGUCUCUCACAGUUGAAGUGUACCUAUGAUAAAAAUUACAGACCUCUACAUGCUUUGUAAGUAGGAAAACCUGCAAAAUCGGCAGUGUAUCAAAUACUUGUUCUCCCCACUGUAAGUAUUCACACCCCUGAGUCAAUAUUUUGUAGAAGCACCUUUGGCGGGGAUUACUGCUUUGAGUCGUCUUGGGUAGGUCUGUAUCAGCUUUGCACGUCUGGAUUUGUGUAUUUUCUCCCAUGCUUCCUUGCAGAUUUUCUCAUGCUCUGUUAAGUUAGAUGGGGAGCGGCGGUGAACAGCAAUCUUCAAGUCUUUCCACAGGUUUUCAAUGGGAUUGAAGCCUGGGCUUUGGCUGGGCGACUCAAGGGCUUUCGCGUUCUUGAUCUGAAGCCAUUCCAGCGUUGCAUUGGCUGUAUGCUUGGGGUCAUUGUCCUGUUGGAACGUAAAUCUUCGCCCCCAGUCUGAGGUCGUUUGCACUCUGAAACAGGUUCUCAUUAAGGAUUUGCUUGUAUUUGGCUCACUUCAUUGUUCCCUCUAUCCUUACCAAUCUCAGAGACCCUGCCGCUGAAAAGCAUCCCCAUAGCAUGAUGCUGCCACCACCAUGCUUCACGGUAGGGAUGGUGUUAGACGGGUGAUGAGCUGUGCCUGUUUUUUUUCCAGACGUGGCGCUUUGCAUUUAGGUCAAAGAGAUCCAUUUUUGUCUCAUCGGACCACACAAUCUUUUGCCUUAUGCUCUGAGUCUUUCAUGUGCCUUUUUCUCAGGAGUGACUUCCGCCUGGCCACUCUCCCAUAAAGCCCAGAUUGGUGAAGUGCUGUAGAGACUGUUUCUUCUUCUGGCAGGUUUUCCCAUCUCAGGCAAGGAACUCUGUAGUUCUGUCAGGAGUCAUUGGUCGGACAGAACUACCCAGACUCUAGGCUCUGGGCCAUAUUUUUUCAAUUUCCCAAUGAUGGAGACCACUGUGCUCUUAAACUUUCAACACUCCAGAAAUUGUUUUAUACCCUUCCCCAGAUACAUUUGCCUAAUCACAAUUCUAUCUCUCUGAGAGCUAUGAACAGUUCCUUGGACUUCAUGGUAUAGUUUCUGCUCUGACAUGGACUGUCAACUGUGGGACCUUUAUAUAGACAGGUGCUUCUUUCUAAAUCAUGUCCAAACAAUUGAAUUUUCCACAAGUGGACUUCAAUCAAGUUGUAGUGACAGCUCAAGGAUGAUCAAACAAAAUUGGAAGCACCUGAGCUCAAUUAGGAGUGUCCUAGCAAAGGGAUGUGAAUACUUAUGUAAAUUAGAUGAUUCUGUAUUUCAUUUUCAAUAAAUUAGCAAACAUUUCUAAAAACAUGUUUUCACUUUGUCAUUAUGCACUAUUGUGUGUAGAUGACUGAGAGAAAUUGCUUUAAUACAUUUUGAAUUCAGGCUGUAACACAACAAAAUGUGGAUUAAGUCAAGGGGUAUAAAAACUUUCUGAAGGCACUGUAACUGUGUUGACAGUCAUUGAUCCACAAGUCAUUUUGAAUGCCAAACAACCCUAGGCAAUAUCAAUAGCCUAGUCAAACUGCGCACUGUGCCCAGCUUCGCGCGCUGACCAACGGGAGGUACAUCAUUUACACACCGAAGUCAGCUCAGAGAGGCCCAGCUCAUGAGCUCCAUCAGAAGCAGAAUGUGAAUGUGUUUGAGUGAAUGUAUUUAUGCAAGAAAUGUUAGUGUAUCGAACAGAAUCGCAUCGAUUCGUUCUCUAAUCAAACCGAAUCGCACCGACUAGUAUUGUUCCUGUAAUGUUUUGAAGCCCAUUUAUCUAGAUGCGUAUCAAAUCGUCUUGAAAGGGAAAGAUGCACAUCCCUGGUAGAUUGAGUUAUGACAAAAUAGUAAUCUUCCCAGUGACUCCCCCAGGAGGAGAGGUGGGGGCUCCAGUGGAUCCGGUGGGACUGGAAGAGCCAACAUGGCAGCCAGUAGCCUGACAGCAGAGCCCCAGAGUGAAGAGGCAGUCACAGAGAAUUUCCCUGUGAGUACAAAACAAAGUUAAUACUCUGUAUUAAAAAGAUGUUGCAUUUGAAAAAACUACUAACCCCUGUUGACUGAUAUGAAUUUAUCAUUUAAUUGUUUGUAUCUUUGCAGCAAAUGGUGAUACAAAAUGCAAGAGAGAGGAUUCUAAAUGACAAGUCCUUACAAGAGAAGCUUGCUGAAAACAUAAACAAAAUCCUAGCAAGGUAAUAAUAAAAGUACAUCUUCUUUUGUAACAUUUUAACAGUACUGACUUCAUUACUUAUUACAUUUGGCUGUUGAGUAGAUAUUUCUUACCUAUGCAUGUUUCUUUCUCUCUACUUGUAGUGAUGGCAGUCCCCAGGCUUUAAAGGCAUCAUGCAGCACCAUGGAGCCUGACCAGUCCAUAGAUGAAAUUCUGGGCCUGCAGGUAAUGUCAUGUUCUGACAGACUUGCUAUACUUGCUAAUUUCUCCACUUGAAUUCAGGGAACAUUGUCAGUCUUUAGUACAUAGUGUGGAUAUGUGCUUUCUCCUGACAUUUUACUCUGUGCAGGGGGAGAUCCAUAUGUCUAAUGAUGUUAUACAAGACAUAUUGGAGCAAACCGAGUCCGACCCAGCCUUCCAGGCUCUCUUUGACCUCUUUGAUUACGGUAAACAUGAUGAUUUAAUCUAGAUCAUGUGCAGGAUUUUGUUGCUCCUGACAAUGCAUGAAGUAGGCUUGGUGAUUAAUGUUUGACUAAGAUUAUAUAAAAUCACAUUCUUACACUAAAUCUCUUGAUUCUUUGCAUUAAGGCAAAAGCAAAACCAGUGAGGAUACUGAACAAGGAGCUGGGAACGUGAGCAAUACCACCACAGAGAAUGGUGAGACUGAGACUAGGUGUAUUGAUGGCUCUCCUGAGACUGGAGACUCAGGUAUGGACAAAGUCCUCAUGACCUGUUGGAAUUAUAUACUAAACAAUGUUGAUGCUUCAUCAGAAAUCUCUUUCUGACAAUGGGAUUUCUCUUUCAUUUCUCAGGCACUGGGCCUGAAGAUUCGACACGAGGACAAGAAACAACAACUAGAGCGACAAAGUCCAGUCAAGAGCCCAAGAGUAACAAAACAAGGAAAUCUGCACCUCCUGUUUCAAGCACUUCAAAUGCAAGUCCUGGAGUCAGUACCAGAGGGUCGAGAAGGGGAGUUAGCUCAACAACUCCUGGACCCAGUACCAGAGGGUCGAGAAAGGGAGCUAGCUCAACAACUCCUGGACCCAGUACCAGAGGGUCGAGAAAGGGGAGCUAGCUCAACUCGACCGUCAGCAUGUAUCGAUAAACUUACCGGCGCUGCUUCUUCUGCCGCCAAGGACUCUGAUAGGAUUGACUCCGGCUCCAUAUUUGAUCAGGAUAGAUCAGGCGUGGAUAUAGAUGAACCUCUGAAUACUCUUCCCCUUGACAGUAUAGCUCCCCCAGAUGUCUUUGAGCUGGUCAGACAGGAGAGUGGAACAAAUCAUCCGGCGUCAGCAUGCAACGCAGGUUCAUCUGAAACCAGUACGGUCACUGCUGUGAAAAACAUAUUGGGCAAUGAGAACACCGUGGGGGCUGAUGAUGGACAAGUGAUGGAUAACCAAGCUUCACUUCUUAACUCUUCACCUGCCCUGUCCAAUUCCAUGCCAGUGCUGGAUCAGUCAAACAAGGCUCCCAUACAGGCCUCUAACCUGCCUCAUAGGAAUAUGACCCCUCCCAGCACUGUAGGAAUUUCACAACCUCUACCACAGACCAUACCCUCUAUGGCUGUCCCAUCAACAGUUACAACAACAACCACUCCUGCUGCCCCAACCUUCAUCCCAAACCCCAACCCUACAGGCAAGGAAGUUGACCCCAGUAAGAUUGUAGCCCUGAAGAUCAUCAUCAGCGAUGAGCAGGAGGAGCCCUCCUGUGACUCAGCCCUGAACCAGGCUGUGUCCAGCAUCACUGGGGACAGGAUCCCCACAAUCUUCCUCUCCUCCCCUACCAAGUCACCUGCUAAGGCCCCGGCUCUCAGUGGCGCCCCCAUGGCUCAGGAGGAGACGGUGCAGGCGGUGACCAGCUUACAGAGGACAGAAGUCCUCCAACCAGCAGAGACCAAUCCUCUUAGUGGGAAAGCAGGGGAGGUGGCAGCAUUGGCAGGGACAUCAUCAGCGUUUACACAGCCAGGCUACUACUUUCAGCUGCCCUUUGAUUCAGCCACAUCCACCAACAGCUAUAUCUUAGUGACAGAUACAACAGCCACAGACCACCAGUCCAACAAGGUGAUGUUACCCAGUGGCGCCCCACAGGUACAGACUGUACCCCCCACCACAUAUGCUCUGGCCACUCCACCCUGCUAUUCCCCUGGUAAGACAGCGUUUAAAUACUUAAAGAUGCACUAUGCAAAUAUCGCACACAUUUCAGUUUGUGACAAAAUAAGCAAGUAUAGUGUAGAGAAUCAUUGUACCAUCUAAACCACUGUGAAAUAUAUUUUCCAUAACCAAAAAUAUUGUAUUUUCAGCUGUUUGAAGCUUGUGUACAAAACCCAAAAUAAAAGACGCAAAAACGAAACUUAAGCUCGGGAAGCAUAGAAAUAGUGCACAAUAGAACAGAUCUACCGCUUCUUAGACUUGCUUUCAAUCAAUUGAUAACAAACGUUUCUGUGUGAAUUUGGUCGGGUCGCUCAGAAAGUUACAUAUUGCAGCUAUAAUAUUUUGUUCUUGAAUCAUAAAGCUAUAGGUCAUUUCCAUGUAAAAGGACCAAUGAGUACCAACAGAUGAAGUUCAUAGGAGCAUGUCAAAUGAAAGCUGAGUCUAUUAUUCAUUUUAUUAAGACAUACAUUUUCUGACCAUUUUCCAUCCUAUAAAUUUGGAAUAACAAAGGCUUUGAUUUCUGGUCAAACAGAUGGAAAAGAAGUCUUAGAAAACAUCUACCAGUAUAAGUCUUGAAAUAUAUCAAAACACAAUAAUGUUAAAGAAAUUUCAUUUGUAUGUCGUUUUGGAGAAAUUGUUCUGCUUUCUGUAAAUUUUAGAAACAUUGCCUUGUGGCUUGAAAUUCCGUUACCGAAAACCCACAUCUUUAAGAUAUUUUCUCAUUUCUCUCCCUCAUGAGGAGGGAGGAUAAUGGAAGUUCACAGAAGUGACAAGUAAAGGUAGACCUAUCAAUUAGUUAUAGUGCUUAUACUGGUAUCAAUUUUCUUUAUUAAGUGAUUAAAACUCGACUUUCUGAAAAAUCGGUAAUGGAAUUUCUGCUAUUGAAUUGGCUACAAUGGGAAAUCAAAGUAGCACAGUUUGGUUCACAAGUUUGAACAGCACAGUACAGUAGAGAAAGUAGAGUAUAGUUCAGUGCUAUACAGUAGAGUUCAGUACAGUACACAGUAUAGCACACGAGUUGAGUAAAAUGUACUGUACUGAACUCUACUGUUCUGUGCUGUACUCUACUGACCUCUACUGUGCUGUACUUUGAUGUCCAAAUGUGUGAAACAUUGACGUCUAUUAUUGGUUCAGAUUUGGACCGGACCAACCAAAUGUGGUCUUGUUUGGGGGCAGAGCUCAUUAAAAUAAUAGCCAGUGUGUAGAAUACCCAAAUAUGCAAAGGAGGAUAUGGCAUUACACCUUUGUGUACCUAUUUAGGAUCAUCACCAUGAAGGGAAUGAUAUUCAUAAUUAUGUACAGAUCAGGGAUCCAUGAUGAAAUUCCAUUACCACAAUUCCAUUACCGGGUGUAAAACUGUAGUUCAAUAACCAAAAUAUCUAUUUUUUCAAAGUCAAUGUGCCAUUACAUAGCUGACAUCAUUCUUUCUGCAGAUAUCGUUGAAUCUUAAUUCAGAGCAUAUAUUUACGUUUUUGGAAAACGUGGACACAUAAAAAAAAACGUUGGGAGAUUUUGCUGAAAUUCUGUUACCAAACUUUGCAUCUGCACAGUUCUUCCAGUAAAUGUUAUAAUUUUUUUAUUCUGUGUAAAUUGUUAAAAGUAGUCCUUGUGCAUAAAGUUGUAUGGUUUGUUAAAUUUUGAAAUCAAUAGUUUUUGUUUGGCAUACAUUCUUAAGUGAAAAAUCUCUAAUCUUAACGCAACUGCCUUUACCGUGGAAUUACCCAAUAGUCAUCACUCACUUAAUUUGCCAUGCUGUUUUUCUGGCAGGUAAAUGUCUAACCAGUUAUAUCUUUCCAGGAUCUAGACUCAUCAUUUCUUCACCAGUUCAGCCCAUGCUGCAAAGCAUGGUGGUUCCUGUGUCUGUUGUUGGGCAGAACAAUGCAGGACAGUUCUCAAUAGUUCCAAAUCAGGUAAGCAUUCCUUUUAUUGUAGUUUUUUUCUCUUCUGUUUUACAUAUUUGCAUUUAAUCCCUUUUCUUGAACUGAUAGGCUACCUUAGCUACAGUAACAUGUACAUCUAGUGAUUAUUUGUUUGUUUCAGUUGAUAGCCAUGCCUAGCCCUGCUUCAGCAAAGCAGCCAGCAGCAGUGAAAACCAAGCCUAAACUGGUACACAAGGACACCUCAGUCUCAGGUAAGGAUUAGUGUUCAGUUCUCCAUAAUGUCAUUGUCUGUUUACUGUUAUCCUGUUAUUUUGUUCAGAAAUGUUGCUUGCAUGUGCAUUUCAGGAAAAACGGGAGCUUCUGGAUCGAAUAUGGUUACAAAGCAGGUCCAGGGGCAAUCCUCUGAAAGCACUGGGCAGCAGAGGGUAGCAGUUAGCUCGAGCCCCAGCCAUAGGAGGAUGCUUUGCUUUGAUGGGUCUGCUGGUAAAACUUCCACUCAGACCAGAACAACUGCCGCCUCCUCCAAAGCUCCAGCAACAGCUACUCCUGUAUCACCUUCUGUCCAACAGGUGGAGAAAGAGAUACCUAAAUCGGCCUUUGCUAUCUUGGGGAGCAGCAGGCCGAAAAGGAGAAUAGAGACUGUAAGAUGCACGGACAACACUCAAACAUCAUGGACCGGAACAGAGACCGAGAAAUCCUCCACUGUCCAAAAGCAGAAAGAAGCUGCGAAAAAGACCCCAUCAAAGAGGGACGCAGAACAAAAUGCUAGAGGUCAAAAUGCAAGUACCAGUAGAUUCCAGAGUGCUGGUAGCAGUCAGACUGAUGCCUCACAGUCAGAGUCCAGGAAGAUAUCUCAAUCAGCAGACAAGGACGAUGGUGGAACAGAACCUAAGGAUGCCCAGAGCUCCAUGUCUUCUUCCUCUGAUCACAGACUGAGAUCAGGGAGCAGGAAAGAGAAGGAGGACACAAGUAGACAAGAGCCUACUGAGAAAUCUCCUGCCAAGGAAUGGGAGGGACGGACCGAGAAAAUAUCUUCUCAGGACCCCCCUCAUGUCACUGCCAAUAAGGAGAAUGAGCUGGAGGGUGGCAGGCUAGAGCAGCAGCCCAUACCAGCACCAAAAGAGUUCAGCCCGGCCCCAGUGGGCUCACAAACCCCUGUCCCCCAGGCUAGCUCCAGCAAAACCCCCUCCAAGACCAGCCCACUGACCAAGCAGGCUGCCGAAAUGCUCCACGACAUCCAGGGUCUAAACCCUCCCUGCACCCCUCCUAAGAGGCCAGGCAUGGGCUGUCCGGAGCUGCCUCUUCCUCGGACCCCUGGCCGUCUCCAGGAGUCUCUAGACUGCCCCAGGACCCCUGCACGCCAGAGGCUGGGCAGAGACGGAGAGGGCACCCCCAGGCACCUGGUCCCUCCCGCCACCCCGGACCUUCCCUCCUGCAGCCCAGCCAGCGAGGCAGGGAGUGAAAACAGCAUCAACAUGGCGGCCCACACACUGAUGAUCCUAUCCCGAGCCGCCAUCGCCAGGACGGGCACCCCACUGAAAGACAGCCUGCGCCAGGAGGGGGCUGGAACAGUGACCCCUGUAGCCACCAAGAGCAAGAAGCGCAAGCAGCCCGAGCCCCUGGCUAGCCCGCCAGCAAAGAAAGAUCUCUCAGGUUCAUCUUGCAGUAAGAAGAAAGCAAAGGUGCGCAAAACAUACAGAAUUUUCUAUUCAAGCUGUGUAUCGUAAUCUCUCCUGAGGUUCAUAAUUGAAUGUGAUCGAAUCAACCCAAUCAUAGAUAUUUGACAUAAUGUCCUGCAUUAAAUGUGAACUCAGUUUUCUUUUUGCUUGUGUUUGUUACCCCUCAGAAACAGCAGAAACUAAUGGAUUCCUUCCCUGAUGACUUGGAUGUGGAUAAGUUCCUAUCUUCACUGCAUUAUGAUGAGUGAUGGGUUGAGUUAUAGCAGUUGGACAGUGAGAUGGGAAUCUCCCAAACACUACCUACCUGCCCUCCAGCAAGAGAACAAGCCAUCAUUUAGUGUCACAGUGCCUAUGGUUAACCCAUCAUGCCUUUUAGGAGUUAGGCACCUGUGGUCUAUUGGAGCAUGUCCUCAGAUCUUAUUUUGUCUUUGUAUGGUCUAUGCUUGUAGGGCUUGUCCUACACCCUUGUACUUAACAACUAAUUAUACAUGUGAUGUAUGUACUGUAUAGAAAUUAUUGCAGAAAUGCUAGAUAGAGAGCACUUUGGUUCCAUGCAAUGACUAAUGUUAAGAAUGGUUUCCCAAUCUUGUUGUAUUUAUAAUUUCAAGAAUACAACCCUUUCCUUGGUCAAUGUUUGACUGUGUCUAAACUUUAAAUGAUCCACUUACACACUAUAGCUGCAUUUAGACAGGCAGCCCAAUUCUGAUCUUUAUUUCACUAAUUGGUCUUUUGACC